AUGUCUCAAACACUUCAUCAACAACAACAUCCACCACAGCUCCCCAGCGCUCUCCUCUCCUCUGAUUGCUCCUACGAAGAGCCGUUUCAAGUCCAACUCGUUUAUAAAGACCAAGAUGCCAUCAUUAAUGUCUAUCCCUUCAUGAUGCAUAUGGAGUUUGGACAGUUAAUUGAAUUCUUACUUCAUGAUCAUCUCCGACGACCAAUUCCAAAAGACAUUUCUUCCAUUAGUAUUCGAUACUACAGUGUUGUGUGGGGAAGGUUUACAUCAGCAUACUCAUCACAUCAUUUACCAGUACUUUGGGAGAAUGUGCGUAAGGCUAGAAACAGCUCUGAAAAGACGUUAGAGUUGAUAGAAAGCACUAACAUCUCGGAAGAAGAUUUUCCAAGUGAGAGGAUGACUUUGAAUUCUCCUUCCAAGUUGCUUUUUUCUGCAAAGGUGCAGUCAUCAUCAUUUGCGCAGAAUGGUCAAGAUGAAUCAAGUGCAAUACAACAAGUCGCUGUAGAAGCGUGUGGAAGUCCAUUGAAUCCCUCAACACGACCAUCAUCACCUCUUGUGCAUCAUCAUGAUGACGAAUUCAUACAUCCAACCAUUGAAAUUCAACCACCAUCCAAAGACACAUUUUUGACACCUCUUCCAGAAAAUUCUUCUGAUCCUGUGAACCAUGUUACAUCAUCGGUUACCACCACCACCACUACUACUACUACUACUACUGGUAAUCAAAACGAACUAUCAACGACACCAAUCAAAAGUCGACGACGAAGAACCAAAAGGGUAAAAAAGUUGUUGGACCCAAGCUCUCCAAUGACGCCAGACAACACAACCUCCUCAACAACAUGGAUCAACAACAAUAGUACUGAGGAUAACAAUCAAACGCUACAACAAUCCACCAUGUCAUCAAGUACUACUACAAGUACAGAAGAAACAAGUGACAAUUACACCUUAAACAAUUUGGAACCUUCUUUUGAGACACAUGAGCCUGUUACGAGCACCAAUUUAACCUCUACUGUGAAUAACAUGGAAAGUGAACAGAACAGUAAUCAUCCAAUGAGCGUGGUUACUUUUGUAAAAAAGAGCAAAAGAAAGCACAGAAAAACAAUUGUACCUGAACCUGUGUUCACACCAUGCAGCAGCAGUACCACCACACACACUUCUAAUGUUGUUGCUGUAGAUGAUCCAUCCAUUGAGCCAAUCAUUGAAAAGAAAACAAGUCGAAUGAAGAGGGGGCAUCGUAGAGCAAAAUCGCAAGUCUCUGAUUCCCAAACAAGUAAUUCUUCUUCUGAUUCAACAGAGUUUGAAAUCCAACCAAAGAAAUCCAAAGCAAACCCCAUCCCAGAAAACUCUACAAACUCUCAAUCACAAGCUAUUGAAGUUGACAUUCAUCAACAUUCUACUAAGGAAGCAUGCUCCUCUGAUAAAGAGAACAAACAACCCACUACCAAUGACAUGAUGAAAGACGAGGAUGAAAUGAUCAACUCUUCUCAACAAGAAGAACGACCUCAAAUAUUCAGCCAACGUGUUGAGAUUUUCUCAAGAAAGAUGGAGUGUGACUCGAUCACAAAUUUCAUCGAGACUCAAUAUUUUGAUCACGAUAUGAAGAAAAAUGUAUUAUACGUCUACGGAACAAACGGGCAAGGAAAAUCAAUGGUUGUCUCUACAAUCUUCAAUUCAGUUGUAAAAGUAGACAAAUACAAGUUUAAUCUUGCUGGAUAUGCAAAGGGAUCUGAUUUACUGCUGCUACUUUUCCAGAACAUUGUGAAAGGUGAAAUAUCCAAGAGAUCAGAGUUGGCUUCACGAUUAUUGAACCACUUCAACAACAGAAAGAAACCAAUUUUAUUGUAUUUAGAUGAAUUUUCAUUUGCACGACAUUGCAAGUAUUUGGACCAGAUCAGAAAAUCGAAAAUUAUUGUCAUUGCUGUGACCAAUGACCCACCAACGAAAAGUGCACUUCCAUAUUCUUUGACCUUCAAUCAAUAUGAGAGCGAAGAUAUUAAGAAGAUUCUUAUCAGUGAAUAUGAAGGGAAAAUCAGUGCAGAGAUUUUUGACAAGAUGAUGAAUUAUCUUAAGAACAAGCAAGACCUUAGACAAAUCAAAUCAUUUGUAGAUGGACAUUUAAUGCCAGAGGCUAAAACAUUAACUGUGAAAAGAAUGCUUCAACUUUGUAAUGUUGGAUUCAGAAAAAAGCAUGACCCACUUAAGGGGCUCACUCAAACUGCCAUUGAGGUUCUAGUUGUGCUGAGCUGUGUGGCAGCUGAACAGGAAAAGUUUUAUGGAGAAAUUGAUGCUGAAACUUUCCAAAGAAAAUAUGAACAAGUGCUACAGGAAGAUUUUAGGAAAAACUUUAGGGACAUCAAAGAAGGUUUGACUUUACUGUCGCAAGAAGGGCAUAUCACUCGAAAGAACGUGGCUGGGGAUGUCAUCCUUCAUUCAGCCUACGAUGUCAUACUUUCCUCAGACAAUGUGAUCGUGAAAAGAUUGCUUGCCAACAGUAAAUGA